AUGUAGUACAUACUAUCAUUACUGUUCAUUAGUCAAUAGAGCAAGUUGGAGUAAAGAGUGAAGAGGAAGAGGAAGAGGAAUAAAGACUGACGACUGUCGUAGUGAGUCUAGAGGUGAAGGAAGUGGUGGAGACUUUUAAAGCCUGCUCUUGGAUGCUUUUUAAUUUUAAAUAAUAUAUACCUAUAUAUAUAUAUAUAUACACAUAUAAACGUAUAUAUAUAUAUUUAUGUGACAGUAUUAUAAUGGAGACUAAAGAGGUUCUUUAAUUAAAAUAAAUAAAAUAACAGGUAACGAUCAAAGAUCUUAAUGAUGAUAAUUUUCUGUAUGGUUUGAAAUAUAAAAAAAAAUCAAAGAAAAAAUUGACAGGUCGGUUUAUUUAUAAUUAAAUCAAGAUGACAGAAAGUCUUAUAAAUGAAUGGUUAGCUGACUAUGCUGAUGUAUCACCAGCGGAACUGCCUACCUUUGCUAACACAUUGUCUCAGGACAACGAAAUAGUACGUGCUCUGUAUGUACUUCUUGAGGAGAGAAAUAAAUAUAGCGAGUUAAUUGAUCCUGUUUGUAAUCAACUGUUCAAUUUUUAUCGAUCAAGAGAAGUUCAGUUACAACGAUUUGCAUUACAAUUUGUUCCUACACUUAUUUUUAUUUAUCUUAAUGCUCUAGCACAUGGUGAUAUUAAGAAUUGCCGGUCGGUAGAGACGCUGCUGAUAGGGCUCUACAACCUCGAGGUAAUAAACGAGAAUGGAGAAUCGAAGACCGUGUCAUUUCGGCUGCCCUCGCUGGCGAUGCUGUCGAUUUACCACGAGCCCUCUAGUCUCACUCACGCCUCCUUGACCGAGAGCGCGGUGAGACACUUCGAGGAAUGCAACUCAAAACUCGUUAGCUGGGGUCCACUUCAACAAAUAGAGACACUCAAUGCCCAGAACCGACUAAAAGUCAUGACAGCGCUUUUAUUUAUUUAUAACCAACAGCUGAGUUACAUCAACAAGUCCGCGUUAGAGCAGUUGUGCAAAGUUGCUACCAAACUCGUAACUCAGGGGUUCUCGAAACCAGGACACCAUCAGCGGGCCUCUUACAGCGAGUCCAGUUUUGUUCCGAGACUGCUACCCCGUAUUCCCGUUUCAAAUCAAUUUCUUCUUGAAUUUCUUCAUGGAAUUUAUUUCGCGAUGUACAAUGACUGCUGGUACACCGGAUGUCAAGCUGUCGAGGACAUUCACAAUCGUGCGUGCUACGAUUGUUACCCAGAUGUUAUGCUCGUUACGAAUGCGAUACGUAAUUCCAGCAGUUCCGGUCCUUCUGGACUACUUGGUGACGCUUCUGUGGGAAUAAGCGUCGCGUUAUCACCAGCAACUACUACUCCAACGAUAUCUAAAUCAAUGAUCACCAAUGCGUCAUUCCGUACAAAAAAAUUACCAGAUGAUAUCCCAAUCGUAGCAAAAGAAGACGUAGGUACUGAUAAAGCAAACUUGGUAUCAAUAUCAGAGGAACAAGACACCACGGAACCCAGUCGCGUUGGAUCUCUCCGGCAAGGAAAAGACACCAAAGGAAGUUCCAAGAUCACGAACUUCAGCUUGACCAAAAAACCCCGGGAGAAAGACGGAAAACCAAAGAAUGGUUAUGUUGAGAAAGAAAAAAAAUUGGGGCAAAAAGAUUUUAAAACUCGCGGGCUAGACGGCGAGGAGGCUAAUGGUUCUGUCAAAAAGAAGAAUGACUCGAUAAUAAGUGACGGGAAUUCUAGUUACACUGACGUCGGGCUGUCUAAUGACUUGGCGGACCUCGAAUUGGAGAACUCAGUCAACAUGAGAGUUCACGAUCCCGACGGUUCCUCUGUGCAAGUCAGUUCGGUUUAGUCUUUGUUUAUGUUUUUUUAGUUCCCAGAGAUUAGGAAUCUCUGAAGGUGAGGAAGACAAGAUAAGAGACGGGAACAAUUAUGUAUGCUUUACUUAAUUAAAUAUGUUGAAUAUUGUUGACUGUUGAUUAUUAUAGAUGUUGUUAAUGAUUGAUGAUGGAAGCUAAUGAUGGCAAUAAUGAAUUUAAGUCUGUAAUUAAAGUUUUUUUUUUUUUUUUUAUUCAAUCAAUGCAUCCCUGGUGCCUAAUACUUAUUAAUUAAUUAAUUAAAUUAAUCUUUAGCUUAUUUUUAUUGAAGGAGUCCUCAGACUCCCCCACUUUUUAAAAAUGUACAGUGACCUUAGCCGUGAUUAAAAUUUAAUUAAUUAAUUAAAAAUAAAUUAGUGUUAAUUGAAAAGGUGACGUAGUGACAAUUUAGCUGAUGAUGGUUUUUAAAAAAAUUGCUUACCAAGCUGUUAAUUAAAAAAAAAAAAUAUUUCAGGAAAUUGCACAUGUAGUUUUUUUAAUUUUCUACAUGUGCAUUUUUUGUAAUUUUCUCUUUUUUUUAAUUUCAUUGUUGAAAAAAAAAUCCUAAAAUUUUAACUGUCAAUUUUACAAUUCGAACUGUCAAAUUUUGUAUGAUUCAGUAGCUAAUUAACAAAAUUUUAAUUACGGUUACGACACUCGAAAGUCAUUAAAUAUUUUUAAAAAAGUGGAGACACUGGUGGAGAUUGCCCUCAAUAAGUAUAAAAAAUUGUCUGUCUAGAUUCACUAUUUUUUUUUUUCUUUUUUUUUUUAAUAGUCAGUCUAUUAUCACUGCCAUCUAAUCUAGUUGUAGGUGGUGUCAAUGACACAAUAUUUUUAUCAGUUGUACCACUAAUUAAUUCCCCACUCGAUUUAAACGAAACAAGGUAGAAAAAAUAUUUCAAAUAAUUAUUUGAAUCCAGUAUAUUAAAUCACAAGCGUAAACUACAAAUGUGACAUUUAAAUAAAAUAAAAGUGAGUGAAUUUAAAUGAUUUAGUUUGAUAUAUCUUUUCUACAGAGCUUACAAAUAUCAAAAGAACAAAAAUAAUGAUAAUAAAUCUGUCGGAAGUGCAAGUUUGAAAGCUUAUUAAUUUAAUUUAAUUAAAUAAUAAUAAUCUUAUAAAUAUAAUAUAUAUAAAUAUAAACAUAUGAAUUCAUCGGCUCGUAUGAUCCAAAUACAAUAGCUGUAUAUAAUCAAUAUCUUUUAUUCAAACUUAUGAAUGUUGUAUAUUUUUUCU